UAUAGGUGGUUGUGAGCCACCAUGUGGUUGGUGGGAAUUGAACUCAGGACCUCUGGAAGAACAGUCAGUGCUCUUAACCUCUGAGCCAUCUCUUCAGCCCAUGUCUGUGUUUUUUGCAUCCUACUUAGUACCUGUACAUCAUUUGGGUGGAUUGUGGUUUUCAUACCCUCAAAGGGCUUUGGGAUUCGGGAAGGGACUGGAGUCAGGCUGGACAUAUGAGCCAGCUGCCUUUAAAACCGGUUCCCGAUAUCGUCAAUGCUCGACACCCAGUUCACCACCAGCCCUGGGCCCCACCAGCCCUGGGCCCCCAUGCACUGUUGAUGUCCUAAGGCUUGCGAUGGCUCCCCAUCGUGCACCGGGUAAAGUCUCAUUCCUCAGUCGGAUGCAGCCUGCUGUUUUGGCGCUCUACCUCAGGUCUUCCUCAGGCCACAGCACACUUUUUUGUGCCUCCCUUCUCACUGCCGCCCCCUCCCUUCGUGGUUCAUUCCCAGAUCGUUCUGUUUUUUCCAUGACACCUUUUCCUUUUCCUCUUGAGAUGGGGAUCUUAUAUUGUCCACACUGACCCUGAACUCCUGGUUUCAAAUGAUUCUGGCCCUCCUGCCUCAGCCUCCCGAGAAGACAGAACUACCGGCAAACACUAGUUUCCUUCUAGAACUAUAUAAGAGCUGCUUCCAAAUUUCUACCGGCUUCCCUCACCACAGAGGGCCCUGCCAGCACUGCAGCCCUAUCUGUAGCUCAGUGGCCUGUGCCAUGAGCCAUCCCACCUGUGGACGAGCCCUCCCCAACCCCCCCCCCCCGCUGCAGCUUUUAGCCGUCGAGUCUCAGCCCCACGUGUUGCACCCCCUCCAUCUCGCCUGUCUAAGGCUCCUCAUUUAGUUUCCCAUCAUAUUCCCCAAGAAUGCUGUUCUCAGAAGCAGGCAGAGUUUGUCUUUUGUCUCUGUCCCGUGCCCAGGACGGUGAUGGGCACAUAGCAGGCGCUCAGUGAAGAGUUGUUGGUUAUGAAUGAAUGAGUCUUUGAACAAGCAAAAGAAUGAAAACACCUGACAGGGAGCCAUCACCCUGCCUGAAAACCAACCUCUCCCCUGCCCUUCGUAGCCUUCUCUCCGCGGAGCUUCAAGCUGGGCACGCUGGGGACCAUGCAGAGGGCCGGGGCCGGGGCCCGCAGGGCCUCCGACUGUGGGCCCGCACCUCACCGGCCCAGGUGCAUUGCCAAGUUUGCCCAGGGUGGAAUGCUGUGUGCACUGGCGUUGCGGCCCUCACGCCCCUCCCUGUCUUGCUUCUCCCCAUCACCACAGUACGUGGGGUCCUUUCCUGUGGAGGACUUGGACACGCAGGAGGGUGUGUACUUGGUACAGCAGCAGCUGUGGGCACUGCAGGACUGUUCCCGACGCCGUGCUGUCAUCCUGAAAUUCAGCCUUCAGGGUCUCAAGGUCUACAGUGGGGAGGACGAGGUGCUCCUGAUGGCCCACGCCCUGAAGCGCGUCCUCUAUGCCACCUGGUGCCCAGCCGCCUGUCAGUUUGCUUUUGUUGCCCGGAACCCGCGCAGCCCAGCCAGCAAGCUUUACUGCCACCUCUUUGUGGGGAGCCAGCCUGGAGAGGUCCACAUCCUGUACCUGCUGCUCUGCCGCUCUUUCCAGCUUGCUUAUCUCUUGCAACACCCUGAGGAGAGGGCGCAGCCUGAGCCCUGCCUGGGGCCUACGGGGGACACGUCCCCGAAGCCACUCUGCAGCCCCGGAGCACCCCCUGCCCUAGUCCGAGAGCCCUUCAGCCGGGAUCAGCUGUCUCAGAAUGUCCACGCCCUCGUUUCCUUCCGGCGAAUUCCUGCAGAAGGGCUACUGGGCAGUAGUGGGAAGGAGCUGCCAGAGCCCGAGGGCCGUGGGGGCACCCGUCACACUCGCCUGGGGAACCCCUACUGCUCUCCCACACUGGUACGCAAAAAGGCCAUUCGCAGCAAGGUGAUCCGCUCCGGGGCCUAUCGAGGCUGCACCUAUGAGACGCAGCUGCAGCUAUCAGCCCGGGAGGCCUUUCCUGCCGCGUGGGAGGCAUGGCCCCGCAGCCCUGGGGGUCCCUCGUGCCUGGUGGAGAAUGAGGGUAGUUUGACAGAGAACAUCUGGGCCUUUGCUGGCCUCUCCAGGUCCUGUGCUCUUGCCCUGCUGCGGAGAGAUGUGCAUGGGGCCUUCCUACUGUGGCCAGAGCCCGGUACCAGUGACCAGUGGAGCUUGUCUGUAAGGACCCAGUGUGGCGUGGUGCCUCACCAGGUCUUCCGGAACCACCUGGGCCGGUACUGCCUAGAGCACCUGCCAGCAGAGUUCCCCAGCCUGGAAGCCCUGGUGGAGAGCCACUCCGGGAUGGAGCGCAGCCUGUUCUGCCCACUCAGCAUGGGCCGUCUGAACCCCACUUAUGAAGAGCAAGAUUGUGGCCCUGAGGGCAGGCUCCCACGGACUCUGCGGCCCCUCAGUCAUGCCAAGUCUGAGGCAGAGCUACAAGGCCUCGGCUAGGAUGCAAGGCCUCAAUCCCCUGUGGGCCCAGCCUUGCCCUGGGCUCUGGGCUGUGACAGUCACUCUGUCCUUGCACCCCACUCACUGGCCACCAGCUUCAGACACGUCAGUCUGCCCCUUGAUCAGCCUUCCAUCCCCCACUGCCCAUGGAAGGGGAGCCCUAAAGUUGGAGUUGGCGAUAACAGGGCUUCUCCCAGGACCUGGGGCCAACUGAGAUACCAGGAUGAACAGGCAGGUAGAGCUACAUGUCUAGUAACUCUAGGUGACUUAGGGUGGCCACCACUGUCGUCCUAGUACAGAGGCUUUCCAGGUAGGCAGUUCAUGGAUAUGGGUGCAGCCCUUGCUGGAGGAGCCCCAGAGAGCUCCCAUAGGGAACCAGAUGCCUAGAGAAUUGCAGGUUUUCCAGCCUCGGUUCGUUUCCUGGUGUCUCUGCACUGAGUGGGGCCUACAGUAGGCAAACCACAGUCAGUUUGGUAGCUGUUUUAGGAAACCACCUCGUGCUGGCUCUAAUACAGUGCUGGCCAUUGGGUGUGGCUGGCACUGGUCACCUCCUUGGUAAGUCACCUCCAUUUGCAGUGGAAAACUAGAACUAACCCAAACCCCACAGAGAGGGGUGUGGCCUUAGCAAUGGGAGAUCCAGGAACACAUUUCAGAGGAAGGCAGGGACCCAGCCAGCAAUGACAAAUCCAAGUGUCCCUUAAGUCAACUCAGCAGAAUAUAUGAAUCUACCCAAAAGAACAGACUUCUUAGCCUGGCGGAUAGUUACGCAUGCCUUUAAUCCCAGCACUCGGGAAGCAGAGGCAGGAGGAUCUCUUGUGAGUUUGAGGCCAGCCUGUUCUACAGAGUGAGUUCCAGGACAGGCAGUGCUACACUGAGAAACUCUGUCUCAAAACAAAACAAAACAAAACAAAAAACAAAAAAAUCAGGACUUCUUUUAGAAACAGGUGUAGGCACAGGUGGGAGGGGAUGCCUGUGUUCAAUGCCUUGAAGGCCACGGGUUUUGAUGGGAGCUACAGAGCAGAAAGGAGACAAACCUAGGAGUAAGAGGCAGUUCAGGCCUGAUAUUUUCAGCUUCCAGAACCCCCCCACACACACACACUAGGAUAAGCCCUUAGCUAAGGACAUUGUCAUUUCUUUCAAGUGACAUGUUUCAUGAGGGAUGGAGAGAAGGGUGUAGGACCCUUUCACAGCAGAUAACACUUCCCAGAGCUGAACGUGGGUGGGAUUCCUCCCAUGGCCAUUUCCACCGGCAUCCCCACUCCCUGAGUAGGGCCUGGUCCCUAGUGGGAGCAGAGAGAUUAGCAUAUCCUGUGCCUGGGAUUUCAACUCCAGAGAGUUAAACCUAAGGAAAGCUGGUAACUAAUUGACCCGGACUUUAGGCCAGGGCUCACCUCCAGGAGGGUAUGUUCAUAGUGUGAAUUGCCAAUGUGUACAAUACCAGGAGAUAUUCAGCAUGUCCAAGGGGGCCAGCCUUCCCUAGACCCUUUAACAUUUUUUCCAAAGCAUUUAUUGAUCACAUAGUACAAACCACACAGUUUGGAGCCCAUGUGUUCAGAUUGUGUCUUAAUUACAGACCAUAGUUCUUUGUUCAAACCAUUACCAAGGCCCCCCCCCCCCCGUGUGCACUUUGAGAUAAAUAAAACACAAUUCUUCACAGUC